CGUCAGCGUCACAAUCGUCACAUACAAUUUGUAAUUUUGUAAACAACCUUAAUUUUAAUUUAAUUUAACGAAGAAAAUAGUGAUAGUGACGUCUAUUCUUGUACUCCUGCCCAUCUCCUGCCACUUUCAUGACAACGAACAUGCAAGUCUAUUUUUUCACUACAUAUGUAAUUGCACAUGUUAAUGAAUUUUGUAGUAAUUAAGCACUCAUUUUGAUUGUCAUAAAAGUAUAACAGUGAUUGAGAACUAUGCAACCUGAACUACCUGUGACUGCGGAAAUAUUCUGUGGAAAUUUCCCUGAUUUUGGGCGACCAACUGUAAUUGGUUACAUUGGUUUAGAAAACCUGAAAUUUGCUCGUAAAAUUCACAAUACACCAGUUAAUUUCGAUCUAAAUGUUCAGUUAGAAAACGCCAUUCACAAACCAGAAGGUCUAGAUGUGAAAUUGAAUGAUUUGCUACAAUUUCUCCUGGAACAUGAAGCAAGAUUAAAUUUGCACAGAGAAAACAAUUUACAAAAUGCAAGAUUCUUCUGCUACCGCGGUCUUAUGACUUGUGUAGCUUGCACACCCUAUGAAAAUAAAGAACCAUGGAAAAUUGUUGCUAUGCUGUUUAAAGGCAAUAUAUUUUUAUGUGCCAGGGAUACGGAAGAAAAAAUUAAGAGAGUAAGUAAUAUGACCCAGGAAGAAAAGAAAUUUACAUCAUGGGGGUAUAAGUUUGAGCAGUAUAUGUUAUCAGAUACUCCAGAUACUGAACCCAAUCCAAAUAUACCUGUUAAUGAGACUGAAGAAUUUUCAUUAGUAUUUAAAACACAUUUAAAUAAACAUAGCAUAGUAUAUGGAGCUGAAAUGGAUGGGAUUUGUUGUAAUAGUGGACAGAUUGCACCACCACCCUCAACAGAACUUGGAGCCGAUGCAAUUGUGCAGUACCUCUCUACCAAGGAAUUUGUAGAGCUUAAAACAAGCAAGCAAAUGGAGCAUCCACGCCAAGAAGCCAGCUUCAGGCGAUUUAAGACAAAGAAGUGGUGGUGCCAAUCAUUCCUUGUGGGCAUAGACACUGUGCUUUGUGGAUUUCGGGAUGAUGCUGGCAUUGUAAAGGAACUUAAAACAUACAGAAUGAGAGAUUUAACUAGGAUGUCACAGAGAUACUGGAAUCCAAAUGUAUGUUUUAACUUCUUGGAUGCUUUUCUGUCAUAUGUAAAGAGAUGUCUGGCGAGUGUAAUCAGACAAAGACAUGGUGAUAAUGCCUUAAACAAUUUACAAGCACUGCCACUCAUCAGUAUUCUUCUGGAGUGGAGGCCAGGUAUGCCCGUGCACGUGCACAUGCAGCCAGCUGGAGACUACUGCCAUGAGGAUGACCCUAUUUUAUAUGAAUGGUUCACCAGCAAAUUUGGAAAAUUAGACAAAAGCAAGUGCUAAUCAUUGUGGUAGUUGUAAGCUGUAAGAAAAUGUUUUUUAUUGUAAAUGUUUUUGAUGAUUUGUAUUGGUAAUUUUGAAUAAACAACAACAACAUUUUGAACAAGGAUUUGUCAUUAAUACUCAGCAAGAUCAAUAUUCAUACAAAACUUUGAUAAAAAAAAACUGACAAUAAAUACUAUCAUAUCAUUUAUUAUCACUGCAUAGCAAAUGGUGCAAGUCAACAUCCAUAAAGACUAAUUAACAACAUGGAUAUUUUUACUUAAAUUUAACACUCAAUUAUAAUUGAAUAAUUACACUAACACUUGUUAUCGUAUAAAUAAAAACAAUAACUAACAGAACAACAUAAUAAGAGUACAUAGAAAUAAACAGUGAAUUCUAUCAAUACAUUUACAUAAUAAUGUUAAUUUCAGAUUUACAUAAUCAUCUCUUAUUCUAAAAACAAAAUGUCCAUCAUACGACUGAAACUUGCAGAUAUACUGUAAGGUAUGUACCGCCAUUCGCCAACCCGUCAACAUCGCGGCGGGACGACAUUUACGGAAUCUGAUUACAUCUCACAAAUUCAUUGGAAAACAAAAUAAUAUAUAAAAUAUGUGAUUAAUAAGUAAAAAAUGUAAUAGAUUAAGACCACCUACGUAUAGCUUUAAGAUAACAUUUGCAUGCUUAACCAGCAAAAUAUGUCACUGUACGGGAAAAUCUUUCCAAUAUCACCUUGUUGUACCAUAUUUUAUGCAAAUAAAAGAAUUGUUUUGAAUUGAAUUGGCCGCUAAGGAGACGUGAGCAGGAUCAACCCUACGCAUUCGAUAGCUAUUGUUUCGUACCAGUAUUAGUGAGAUUAACGUUAAUUAUUAAAAUUAAAUUGUUUCCGACAUGCAUGGU